AUGAGGAAGUAUGAAGCCAAGAACAGUCUAGAAACUGCCACAGGAAGAGGUCUAGUGUGCAUCCUAGCUGUAAAUCGACGGGCUCAGACCUGUCUCAGGGUCGGUGAUAAGCUAGGCCAAGAAAGCCCGAAAACAAUGGAAGGGCUUCUAACCUCAAUUGAAUCCAAUGGAACUCCAUCCUCUCGAAGAGGGACAAUAUCACUACUAGUGAGUUAUUGGAAUCAAACCGGUCGUCGGUCCGUAAAGGGAGGAGGAAGAGGAGUUCAAGCUCGAGACGAGUGGUACUCCUCCUCGCGCAAAAUGCAGAUAGAAUACAUUGAUACAUAUGAUACUCGAAAAGUCCAAUUAUGCCCAAAUCUCAGUCCAUAUAAGAACUAUGGGAGCUUAAAAACCCGCUCAGCUGACCAUACGAAUGAACUCCCCGGUAAGGAAGAACUCUGUCUCGUGGGUUUGAGUCGUUUCUGUUUAUCCACCCACUAUAGAUUGGAGGCCAAGAACCGACUGCCCAUAGUAAGGCAAGUACACAGGUGGGCAACCCACCCCGACUCGAAGUAUCGAUUAACCGAACCAGAAUUCGUGGUUUGGGUGAUCGGAGGAGUUAGUGGCCCGACUUUGAGUUUAGAAAAAGCGAUGAAUGUAAACAAUAUCAAGAAAUAUGAGACCCAGAAUAACCUAGAAAUUGUUGUAGGGAGAGUUCUGGUUAUGCGGUUAUCUGGCUUCUUUGAGGCUGGAAAUGAGGGUGCGGUGAAGUUCAUGAGGACCACAUGCCGGCCAAGCAAACUUCGCCAUUAUAGGAGGACUACUCCCAUACCUAAAUCGGUUUAG